CCAAUAUCAUGAUAAAUAGCAUUCUCCAACAAGAUUUGGCGUAAUAUUAAUUAUGACGAAUUGUAUUGAGUUAUUUUCUUUCUGUUCUAGACUGAGCCUGUUGAAUCCUGUUGUAUUGGCAAUUCUCAAAUGGAUAGCGACGAAUUCAAACGUUUUGGCCAUGUGGCAGUUGUAAGUCUAUGCAGAUUGGAAGAUUUAGCCUCAGAUGUUGGACAGUCCUUGGAAGUCCAAUCGUCCAAUCAAGAUGACGAACCAUCAGUUGAAGGAGAACCUAGUAACAGUUCAGGAGAAAGAAGACUGCAGAUGAGCUGUUUGAGAAAGUACCGCAUCAAUAGACCAGAGAGAGGACGAGAUGCGGCCACUAUUCAAAAGUUCAAGCUCAGGAAAAACAAAGCCUAUCAUUGCAGCAGGUGUAAGUUCACCUGCCUGACAAAGAGUCAACUUGAAGAUCAUCUACAGAGUCACGGAAAGGCAAAGCAUGUAUGUUCAGUUUGUGGAUUCAAGACACAUGAUUCUUCUCUAUUUGCAAUACAUUCCAAGAUUCAUGAACUUGGAAAACCACCUUACAUGUGUGAUAUAUGUGUUUAUAAAACCAUGGAAAAAUCAAAGUUCAUAAUACACUGUAGAAGGCACACUGGAGAGAAGCCCUUCACUUGUGACAUAUGUAAUUCCAAAUUUGUUCGUAAAUGGAAUUUGGCUGAACAUAUUGCAACACACACUGGAAUAAAACCAUAUAAGUGCGAAAAGUGUGAUUACAAAGCCACCACCAGAAAAUCUUUGAAAUUACACAUUGAACGGAUUCAUUUCAUCAAACAGUUUCAAAGAAAGAAAUUCUGUUGUAGUCAGUGUGAUUCAGAAUUUUUUUACCGGUCAGAUUUGUUAGACCACGAAAGGUGCAUUCAUAAAGAAACGCCUUACUGCUGUGAUCAAUGUGACUACAGGGAUGCAUCUUCAUGGGGUCUGUCAAAUCAUAAAAAAACUCAUGAAAAACCUUUCACAUGUGAGAUUUGUGGUUUCAAUUGCAAUGGUUCAGGAAAUUUAAAAACUCAUAUUAGAACUCACACUGGUGAAAAACCGUUUAAAUGUGAUAUUUGUGAUUACAAGAGUGCACAGUCAUCGGCUUUGAAAACUCAUGUUCGAAUUCAUCAUACUGGUGAGAAACCAUUUAAAUGUGAUAUUUGUGACUACCAGAGUUCAGCUUCGUCAACUUUGAAAAACCAUGUUAGAGCUCAUCACACUGGUGAAAAACCGUUCAAGUGUGAUUUCUGUGAUUACAAGAGUGCACUGUCAUCCUCUUUGAAAACACAUGUUCGAACUCAUCACACUGGUGAGAAACCGUUCAAGUGUGAUUUUUGUAAUUACAGGAGUGCACACUCAUCCUCUUUGAAAGUUCAUAUUAGAACUCAUCACACUGGUGAAAGACCAUUCAAAUGUGAUAGCUGUGACUACCAGAGUGCAGUACUAUCCAAUUUAAAAAUGCAUAAAAGAAAGCAUCACAAAACAUAAUUAUGAGCUUUCACAUAGUGGGCUUACCCUAAAUAGAAUUUCAGUUUUAUAAAAUUCCCGCCAAAUCCUGCAGGUGGACCAGAAAUAUUCAUCUGCUUCUUUGUUUUGUAGCUAUAAAAUUAUAGCAAAAAUUAUCUGUGCCAUUCUUUUAGCUAUAAAAUUUCGAAAUAGAAUUACCUCAAUUUUGGCUCCAACUUCAAUGUGAAGGUAUAUUAGGGCUGUCAAUUUACAGUAGGCUACCUACUGAAUCGAUGAAAAUAAUUUUCCAUGGGGCUCUCAGCCUAUACCGUUGCAGGGCAAGAAUUCACUUAUAACCCUCUGAUGUUAAUUUGUAUGUUCAUCAAAAAUAAGUUCCGCUAUGGUGCAGUAUGGUCUACUCGUGAAUUGAAAAUAUUUAUUUUUCUUAAUUUAUUGUCAUUAUACUAAGAUCCAAAGUACUAAAUAAAUGGUCCACCCCCAUUAAGUCUGCUAAAGCGAACACAUUUUUCUAAAAGAAUGUACCGUAUUUUAUAAUUGGAAUCGCAAUAAAUAGAGCCAAAUUCAUAAUUAUUUAAGUGACCUUUUACCUGUAAGGUAUAUAGACCGAUUACAAACGUUAAUUAUAGUAAAAACAUAAAGUUCAAUUUAACUGAGCUGCAGUUAUAUUUCAUCUUGGUACCUACUAUCUCACUGUCUGAUUUUCUAUUUCAUGAUUAAUGUUUGUUACAAUAUGUGUUAUUUAAUAUUUCUUGAAAUCAAAUCUGUCAGGCUUCGUUAGCCAUGCAUCUCUCUCAUUCCCAUGCUUGAGGCUUGGCUGUUUAGCUUCUUGGUGUAGAAAAUGCUGUCUUCAUUAACUGAAAAAAAGAGCUUGAGGUAAUCACUUUCCAAAUUGACAAUUCCAAAUUCCAAUUGCAAAUUGACGAUUUACUUGGUACAGCCGAGUUAUGUAUCAGUACAAUAUUUCAAUUCAUCGAAACUGAAGAUUGGAUUGGUGUAUUUUAAAAUUCAUGUUAUAUCAUUGUUAGACAAAUAAGAGGAAGAAAGAUUUGAUUUUAAAGAGGAGGAAGAGAGGAAUUAGGAAAAAGCAAUUAGAGGAGAGGAUACGAAAUUUAUUCAUUGUAAGUAUAGUGUGAUCAUUAGUCAACAUAAAUAUGUAAUUCAACCUCUCUUCCAUAAUAUAGUUGCGAGAUUCAAUUCAGCAUUUCUCUUCACAACAUAAAUGUUUCCCAUCAAACCAAUAUGCUGACAGUUUAUUAAAGUGAAUAUCACUAUAACAGUAGCCUACAGCAAUAUUAAAAAACUCUUUUAUUAAUUCUCUAGCCAAAACUGAUGAAUAUUUAUUUUCUUUUUGCAAUUUGUACUUGUUUUCUUCCAUCUUUGCUUGAAAUCUUUGAAGUGUCAUAUUUAUUUUGUCCAAGCUUAUUUAACUUUUGUAACUUGUUUUUCUGUAACUGGGCACCUGCCGAAAAACCUUCGGGUUUGGCAGGACCCCAAUUAUUGUUUAAAUUGUGAAUAAAAUUUUGAUUUGAUUUUCGAAUA